ACCCCCUCCUCCCCUUUCUGUAUCCUCCAGUUCCCCCUCCUCCUCCUCCUCCUCCUCCUCCUCCUCGCUGGUCCCAGUCUUGAGGACUCGCUCGUGAAACGGGAGAAAUAAACAGAUACGGAGCAGAGGAAAAAAAAGAGGACCGAGGGAGUGAUAGCGUGCAAGAAUUCAAGGCAUAUCCUCCCACCCCCUUCCCCCCCUUGAACAAGGCUCCAUCUUCAUCACCUCAGUAUUCUCUUUAAUGGAUAGAAAUUAUCCUGGUACUGGAUUCGGUGAUUUGGGCGCUGGUACGGGAUGGAGUUACGAGCGAUCGGCGAAAGCAAGCCUGGUGUACGGCAGCUCCAGGUCCUCCCACCCCGACUCAGAGCUGCUCCACCGCCAGGCCUACGGCAGCCCCCACCCCCUGCAGGGCUAUGCAACCAAUCACCAUCCAGGGAGCGGGGGACAGGGCGGAGCCUGGGGGGCAGCUGGGCGGAGCCUAGGGUUGUCAGGACUUUUUGACGCCGGCCUUCACCACCAUGGCAGCCCUUCGGGUCACGACCCGUCCGUCAUGAACCUGAUCUCGGCCCUGGAGUCCCGGGGCCCCCAGCCCCCUCCCUCCGCCUCCUCUCUCCUGUCCCAGUUCCGGACUCCGUCCUGGCAGUCUGCCAUGCACACGCCGGCCCCCGCUGAGCUCUUCAUCUCGGGGUCCCUCCCCGGCUCGGGCUCCUUCCCGUCGUCCUCCGCCCUCUCGGCCUAUCAGCACCCGGCGCCCUUCUCGGGGCGCUCCUUCACCCCCUCGCUCUCCCUCCAGGACACGAGCACCUUCAGCCCCACGUCCAACGGCCUGCUGUCCCCCCACGACCCCCUCCUCCACAUCAAGCCCCCCCCGCAGCCCGGCCUGGGCUUCGACCGCCUGCUGUCCUCGCAGAGCGCCUCGGCCUACCGGGGCGGCCAGGAGCCUCCGGGGCCCCCCCAGUCCCAGGGCCCUUCGGGGCCCCCGGGCCGCCACCUCUCCAGCGCCCAGUUCAACCUGCUGUCCUCCCAGCUGCAGGACCAGUCGUCCCAGCUCUACAACACCUCCAUGUUCUCGUCGGGGCCCCCCCCGCCCCAGGCCCCGCCCCCUCAGGAGCGCGCCGUCCCGCGGCAGGACAGCGUGAUCAAGCACUACCAGCGCUCCUCGGCGGCGCAGGCGCAGCUGCAGAGCCCGGGGCCCCACCCCCUGCAGCACUACCUGAGCUGCGGCGGCCCCCCGGGCUACCAGCAGCUCUCGGGCCACCACCACCGGCACGCCGCGGUGUCCUGCAGCCCCCUCGGGGAGCUCAGCCCCUCCUCGGACCCCAAGCCCUCGUCGCGGGCCGAGGCGCAGGCCUACCGCCCCGCCGUCCCGGCCCCCUACGCCCCCGCCUCCGCCCCCCCCCCCUCCGCCUCCUCCUCCUCCGCCGCCGCCGCGGGCCCCAAGCCGACCAAGAGCUCCGGCUCCAGCAGCGGGUACUCCUCCUCGGGGUCGGCCUCGUCCCGCACGCCCCACACGCCCCCCUCCGCCUCCUCUACCUCGUCAUCCUCCUCCUCAGCCUCCGGCGGCGGCGGCGGCGGCGGCGGCGGUUCCUCCGCGUCGGCGCCCUCGCGCCAACAGCCCUCGUCGCAGUCGGCGCCGCCUCCCCCCCCGCCGCCGCCCCCUCCCGUGGUUUCUUCCACUCCGGUCCAGCAGGCGGCGCCCAAGCCCUGCCUCUCUGCGUACGGCUCCCCCGUCACGGCGGUGAAGCCCAGCGCCGGCCUGCAGGGCCAGACCCCCCCCCAGCAGCAGCAGCAGGCCCAGUCCUACUCCCCUAACCAGCCCCCCUCUGCACACAUUGCACAGCCCUACGGGGGCUUCAACUCGCCGCAGGCCCAGGACCUGAGCUCCGGGACGCUCCCCUCUGGUGGGAAGGGCUACGGCGGCCUGGGGCCGGGCGGGCGCUCGUUCUCGGCGGAGGUGGUCUACGGGGCCGACUCCAGCUACGGCUCCCUGCAGGGCUCCCUGGGCGGCGCGGGGAGCCCGUCCCUGGGCUACGGCGGGGCGGGGGCCUCAUCAGGGAGCGGCGGCGCGGGGCCCGGCGCGGCGGCGUCGUCGGCCGGGGGCGUGUCCUCGGGGGCGGGGGGCGGGGGUCCUCCGGGGGGCAACGGUGGCUCUUACCACAUCCCCGACUCCAGCCCCUCCCCCUCCGGCAACUCGGCCAUCGUCCGGCCCGGCCUGCACUCCCCCGCCCCCCCGCGCCCGGCGCAGUCCCCGGGGGGGGGGGCCGGCGGCGGCAACAAGUACCUGUCGUCGGUCCUCUCCCCGGCGUUCAUGUCCUCGCCGCAGGGCUACCCCGACGGCCGAGCGGCUCAGAGCCAGUCGUACCACCCCUCCUCCUCCUCGUCCAAGUCCAAGGCCGAGGCCGACCUGCUGGGCGUCGAGCGGCCCCAAGAGGAGGAGGACGACGACGAGGACGACUUCCUCAUCCAGCACUUACUGCACGCCCAGAGCCCCGUCCCGCACCCCUCCCAGCACCACCCCCACCCGCCCCCCGGCCAGCCCGCGGCCCAGGCCCGGGACGGCGGCUCCAAGGCGCUGCCCUACGACAUGAACAAGGCGUCGGAGGAGCGCUACCACCUGCAGAGCGUCAUCCGCACCAACAGCGCCCCCGGCGGCGGCGGCGGCGGCGGCGGCGGCGGCCUGGACGGCCAGGUGGAGAUGUCGCUGAAGAAGCAGCACCAGCAGGCCAAGUCGGAGCAGAGUCGCGUCGGGGCGGACCCCCACCCGCACUCGAACCCCCACGCUCACGGCGGCCACCCUCAGCACCAACAGCAGCAGCAGCAGCAGCACCACGAGGGCAUGGGCUCGGUGGUGCACUACGGCAGGGGGGACCCCUACUCACAGCACUCGCAGCACCCCCACCACGGCCCCCACGUGUCGGCGCACCCCCAGCAGCAGCAGCACCCCCAGCAGCACCCCCAGCAGCAGCACUCGCAGCACCCAUCGCAGCACCCCCAGCGGCCUCAGCACCCCCAGCACGGCCAGCACGGCCUGCCGCACCCCCACGGCCACGCCCACCCCAGGGAGCUGAAGAAGGGCCCCGACGCGGCCGAGCUGCCCUACCUGCGCAAGACACCCGACGCGCAGCAGCAGGCGCGGCAGGGCCAGGCCGCCAUGUCCCUGAUGGACGCGCCCGCCGACCAGCCCGUGCCGUCGCACAUGCUGCAGUCCGUGCUCUCGCACACCACGCGCACCAAGAUGGACCCCCAGCAGGCCAUGAUGGGCUCCGGCGGCGGCGGCGGCGGCGGGGGGAGCUCGGGGGUGGACCCCCACCCCCAGAGCCAGUCCUCCCAGCUGCAGCUCCAGCUCCAGUCCCACGCCAUGGAGGCCCACUACGGCCGGGGGCCCCAGGCGAGGGACCAGGGCCCCGGCGGGCAGAACUCGGUGUCGCCGCUGGACAUGCUGGAGCGCUCCCUCUCCCGGACCAACAGCAGGGACAGCGGCGCCCUGCCCGAGAGGGGCGGCGGGCUGGGGGGGGGCGUGUCCGUCGGGGGGGGGGGGGAAGGCGCCACCAGAGAGAGACACCGACAGCAGCAGCAGCAGCAGCAGCAGCACCGGCUCCCCCCGCACCUCCACCCCCAGCAGACGGCCUCGGACCUCCACGACUUCCUCUCCGAGCCCGACAUGAUGUCGGCGCCGUCGCACCUCCACCACCUCGGCGGGCAGCAGCAGCAGUCCCACGGCCCACACAGUGCCCAUCACCAACCCCAGGCCCACGCCCACCACCAGCUCUCGCACCCCCACGUCGGCCACGCGCACGCCCACCAGCUGGCCGCCAACAUGGCAACGUCUCAGCAGCAGCAGCAGCAGCAGCAGCAGCAGCAGCAGCAGCAGACCCAACCGCGGGAGCCGGAGCCACAACUGGCGCAUUCCCAGUUAGAUCAGCUUAAAGAGCACCAGUUUGACACUGUGAGCCCCGUGGGCAAAGCAGGACCCAAUCAGACUCAGCAGCAGCAGCAGCAGCAGAGGUUCGUACCGCUCACCUCCAUCUGCUUCCCGGACUCUCUCCUCCAGGAUGAAGACCGGUCCUUUUUCCCCGGGAUGGAGGACAUGUUUUGCUCGGAGGAUUACAAGUCGAGCUGCGCCGGGGACUCCGGAGCGGGCCAGGGCGUCCAGGAGUCCCAGGGUCGGGGGCAAGGCCAGGAGGCCAUGAAGGCAUCAGGGGGCGGCUACGACAUGAUGGGUCACCACGGCGACCAGGGCUACGGACAGUACUGCCACGGCCUCCCGGAGACGGGCAACGGAGGCAUGCACUUAGACCUGGACGCGCUGAAGAGCCACGAGCUGCCGUCCACCGUGAACACGGAGCAGCUGGGCCUGAUCCAGUCGCAGGCCUCCAGCCUGGGCAUGGCGGGCUCGGGCGUCCCCGGCGACGGCUCGGUGAACAAGAUGAUGGGAGCGCUGCCGGGACUGGGCGGCGGCGGCGGCGGCAACACGGGCCCCGGCGGCCUCACCUCGCCCAUCUUCUGCUCGUCCCGGCCCAAGAAGCUCCUGAAGACCAGCUCCUUCCACCUGCUGAAGCAGCGCCGCGAGCCCCCGGCGGCGUCCAAGAAGAACUACGCGCAGGAGUACGAGUUCGAGGACGACGAGGACAAGGCGGACGUCCCGGCGGACAUCCGGCUCAACAGCAGCCGCCGGCUGCCCGACAUGCUGCCCGACCUGGUCUCCAGCUGCCGCAAGGCGGGCGGGACCCCCGGCGGCAGCGGGCUGAGCCCCCUGAUGGGCGACAUGGAGUUCUGCCACCCCACCGCCGGCGGCGGCGGCGGCGGCGGCUACGCGCCCAUGGGCGCCCACCCGCCGCAGCUCCUCCCCCACGAGGGGCCCAAGAAGCGCGGGCGGAAGCCCACCAAGCCCAAGCGCGAGGGCCCCCCGCGGCCCCGAGGCCGGCCCCGCAUCCGCCCGCUGCCCGAGCCGCCCUACUGCCGCGGCCUCCUGGGGGCCACCGGCGGGGAGACCAAGAGGGGGCGGGGCCGGGGCCGCGGGCGGGGCCGGCGGGACGAGGGGAUGCUGGAGAUGCACCGGGACAUGGCCAAGCCGCCGUGCCUGCCCUAUCACCCACAGCAACAGCAACAACAACAACAACAACAACAGCAGCAACAACAGCAACACGCGCCGCAGCAACACGCGCCGCAGCAGUUCCACCAGCAGAUGCAGCACCAACACCUCCAUCACCAGGCCGCCCCCCCGCCGCCGCCCCAGCUGCACCACCACCAACACCACCACCUCCAUCAGCAGCAGCAGCAGCAGCAGCAGCAGCAGCAGCAGCAUCUCCCCUACCCCCACCACCAGCCGCCCCCCCAGCACCAACAGCACCCGCAGCACCAGGAGCCCAUCCGACCCAUCAAGAUCAAGCUGCCCAUCGCCUCCAUGCCCUCGUCCGACGCCCUGCUGCGAACGGACUCGCUGUCCAGCAACGAGCCCGUGCUGUCGGACGGCUCGGUGGGCUCGGCGCCCUCGCUGGGCCUGAGCCCCGGGCCCCCCCCCAGCAUGGACAUGGGCAGGGCCGACCUGAACCCCAGCCACGAGAAGAUGAUGAAGCAGCAGCAGCAGCAGCAGCAGCAGCAGCAGCAGAAGGCUCCUGAGAUGACCUGGGAGAGGGAGAUGGAUGAGGAACUGACCCCCGAAGCCUGGGCCACCAUGCAGAAGCUCUCGAGCACGACGGAGGACAAGGCCCCCGAGCUGAAGCCCGGCUUCGUGGCGUCCUUCCUGGACUUCCUGAAGACGGGGAAGAAGCAGGGCUCGGGCCCCGAGGGCGACGACGACGACGACGACGACGAAGACGACGACGAGGAGGAAGACGAGGAGGAUGCGGGCGGAGACCCCUGCUCCUCCCUGAAGGGGGGGAUGCGCCCGCUGUCCACGCCGCCCCCUCCCUUACCCCUGCCCCCGCCGCCGUCGCAGCAGGAGCAGCAGCUCGCCGCCGCCUCCGAGUUCGGCGAGGCGGGCGGAGCAUCUGCCGGCAACGGUGACGGCGACGGGGACGACGGGGACGACGGAGACGAGGAGGCGGGCUCCCUGGGCCUCAGCGGCUGCCCCAGCCCGGGCAAGCGCCUGGACGAGGAGCUGAAGAGGAACCUGGAGACGCUGCCCUCCUUCUCGUCGGACGAGGAGGACUCGGUCAGCAAGAACCAGGACCUGCAGAAGAGCAUCUCCUCGGCCAUCUCGGCCCUCUACGACACCCCGCACUCGCUGGCCGCCGCCAUGGCCGCCGCCGCCGCCGAGGCCCAGGCCCCGCCCAGCCCGCGGGCCCCGCCCCCCCUCAGCCCGCCCCUGCCCCCCACGCCGCCGCUGCUCACGCCGGCCAGCGCGGGGGAGGAGGAGGUGACGGCCGUGACGGAGGAGGAGGAGGAGGAGGAGGAGGAGGAGGAGCGCCGGCGACGGCACCACCACCACCACCUGGACGCCCUGGAGGAGGAGCUGGAGAUGGAGCAGCAGCAGCAGGAGCAGAGGGCCAGGGGCCCGGAGGAGAAGGAGGAGCAGCAGGACGGGGAGCCGAGGGCCGCGCAGGGAGAGGGCCCCGACGAGGAGGAGACGAUGAGGAGACGAGGAGAGGAGGCCAGCAUGGAGGAGGCCUGGAAGAGAGGCAUGGAGGAGGAGGAGGAGGAGGAGGAGAGGAGGCUGGCCGACUUCCACAUGCUGGAGGUUCCUAAAGUUGAAGACUCCCCGUCCGCCCCCCCAGUGCUGGCGCCCGUCCCUCCCUCCCCCUCCCUCUCCCCGCCACUGCCUUGCCGGCUCCCCCGGCCCCCCCCAGGCCUGACGAAGAGGAGGAGGAAGAGGAGGAGGAGGAGGAGGAAGAGGAGGAGGAGGAGGAUGAAGAAGAGGUGGACGGCGAGCCCGGUUCCUCCUCCCCCACCGACGGGUCCCGCGGGCCGGUCCGCAGGGUCCCGCCCCCUCCCCCCCCCCACCGCCGCCGCCAACCCCGCCCCCUUGGCCGCCAACGCCGCCACCGCCGCCGCCGUGGCGGGCUCCUCCCCGCCCCCCUCGGCCUCCCCCCCGGCCGGGGCCACCUCCCCCCUCUCCGUCCCGCCGGCGGCCGCCUCCGUGCCCCCCCCCUCCGCCACGCCGCCCCCUUCCUCCUCGGAGCAGGACCACGACCACGAGCAGGAGGCGGAGCUCGACCCGGAGGCCGACGCCCCCGAGCCGGACGAGGAAGAGGACCGCAACGACGAAGACGAGGACGAAGAGGCGGCGGCCGACGUCGCCGCCGCCGCCGCCGGCCGUCCCGCGGUCGACCGCCCGCCGCCCGCCUCGCCCUCGGCCUCCUCCUCCUCCUCCUCGGCCUCUUCGUCGGCGGCGUCGUCGCCGUCGCCGCCCCCGUCCCCGCCCACGCCGGAGGAGGAGCCCCCGGCGUCCCAGCGGCUCACCUCGCUGCACCUCGCCAAGAAGCAGGCGGACGCCGCCAUCGCCGGGGAGAGCGAGGAGGAGGACAGCGAGAGCGGCGGCGAGGGGAUCUUCAGGGAGCGCGACGAGUUCGUGGUGCGCACCGAGGACAUCGGCACGCUCAAGCUGGCUCUGCAGACUGGCCGUGAGCCUCCACCCAUCUGGAGGGUGCAGAAGGCUCUGCUGCAGAAAUUCAGCCCUGAGAUCAAAGACGGACAGCGUCAGUUCUGUGCCACCAGCAACUACCUUGGUUACUUUGGCGAUGCCAAAAUGCGAUACCAACGGUUAUACGUGAAGUUCUUGGAGAACGUCAACAAGAAGGACUAUGUGCGCGUGUGCUCCAGGAAGCCAUGGCACAGAGCAGGUCUCACACUGAGACGGCAGUCCCUCCCCAAGCCCCCGCCCACGGCGCUCAGCCAGACCCCGCCCCGCGUGGAACGGGACGAGCGGGAGCGGCUCCGCGAGCGGGAGCUGAAGGAGCAGCGGGAGCGGGAGCUGAAGGAGAAGGAGGACCGGGAGAAGGAGGAGCAGGAGCUGCGGGAACGGGAGCGCAAGGCCAGGGAGCGGGAGGAGCGGGAGGAGAGGGAGCUGAGGGACAGGGAGCGCAAGGAGAAGGAGCGGGAACGCCGGGAGCGGGAGCAGAAGGAGAAGAGGGAGAAGGAGAGGGACCACAAAGAGCGGGAGCAGAAGGAGAAGAGGGAGAAGGAGAGGGACCACAAAGAGCGGGAGCAGAAGGAGAAGGAGCAGAGGGAGCGCGACCGGAAGGAGAAGGAGCAGAAGGAGCAGAAGGAGCGGGAGAAGGAGAAGGAGAAGGAGCGGUCGUUGAGGGAGAGGGAGAGGAAGGAGCGCGAGCAGAGGGAGAGGAAGGAGCGCGAGCAGCGGGAGAAGGAGAGGGAGAGGAAGGAGCGCGAGCAGAAGGAGAAGCUGGAGAAGGAGAAGGAGCGCCGUGAGAGGGAGAAGGAGCAGAAGGAGAAGGAGAGGCAGCGGGAGAGGAAGGAGAGGGAGGAGCGGGAGGAGAGGGAGAGGAAGCGGCAGGCCUCCCAGGAGAGGAAGAGCGUAGGAGGAGGAGGAGGAGGAGGAGGAGGGGAGCGCGGCAAGCCCAAGGGGGAGAAGAGGGAGGCGGAGAAGGUGACGGAGCGGCCCUCCAGGGCCCGGGGGCUGAAGGACAAGGCCGAGCCCCCGCCCAAGAAGAGGAAGAAGUGGCUGAAGGAGGUGCCCUCCUCUUCCUCGGACUCCUCCUCCUCAGCCGACGGCGCCAGCGACGACGAAGGCGCGCUGCGCGGCGGGCUCAACAGCCGGGCCAUGAGGGAGAGGUUCCGGAGCUACGUGGAGAUGCUGGUCAGCACGGCUCUGGACCCCGACAUGAUCCAGGCCCUGGAGGACACGCACGACGAGCUGUACCUCCCUCCCAUGAGGAAGAUCGACAGCCUGCUCAACGAGACGAAGAGGAGGCUGGUGAGAAGAGCCAACAUGAACGCCCAGCACCAGGAGACCCUGCACGUGUUCCCCAAGAUGACGGCGGACCCCCUGGACUCGGGCUCCGUCAAGGUGCACCUGGGCGGGGAGGGCUACAACCGCAAGACCCUGAACCGCGUGAAGCGGAGCGCGCCCAAACCCCAGGACCUCAAGCUGUCGACGGAGGCGUGCCGGGUGUACAGCCUGUACCACUCGCUCCACCACUACAAGUAUCACACCUUCCUGCACUGCAAGAAGGAGACGGACAGCAUCGAGCAGGCGGCGGAGGAGGACCCCGGCCAGGAGGAGGUGGUGCAGCAGUGCAUGGCCAACCAGGGCUGGCUGGAGACCCUCUUCACCUCCUUCAUGGAGCUGCUCACGCUGAGCGCGAAGGCCUGAGAGGUGGAGGAGGAGGAGGAGGUGGAGGUGGAGGUGGAGGUGGUGGAGUACGGCUUGUGAAAAGACAUGAGCUCUCCCGAUCCGAUCCGGCAGUAUUUAUUGGAUGGUGCGGGGCUGUCCCUGGCAGAGGAGUACGAGUAUUAAAGAGGCCAUGAACCGCUGACUCAGCAAGUUUUUUUGCGGACAAUAAAAAAAAAAAAAUAGUGAAUGUGUGAUGACGAGUAUCAGGUCCCGUACGAGGACCGCGGCGACUUCGGUUGGCACGAUUAAAAAAAAAAAAAGCGAAGAGAUAUUUUUUUUUUUUCAUUGUUGUUUGAGAUGUGUAUCGACAAAUACACACACGCACGCAUUCACAUACACACACACACACACACACACACAGACAGACACACAAGCAAAUUCACACGCGCUCACACCGACACCAAGAAACCGACACAUUUAAGCGCUAUAAAUAUGUAUUAAUAACUAUGGUUUGUAUAAUUUAUACAAGGACAUUUUUAAAAACUUAAAAAAAAACUAAAAAGGACCCUCCCGGAUGUGGGAUUGUUUGCUGUUAUUAUUUUUGAAUAAUAAUGAUAAUGUUUUAUUGCGGUGCGCAUUAAAUGAGCCGCCAGGCGCCUGCCAGACGUUGUCUAGCGGGUCAAGUAAAAAAAAAAGAGACUGAAGAUGGAGAAGGGACAUGAAGGGUCUCACAGGACUGCGAGGAAUUCCCUCAUUUCUGUCAGCUUUAAUAAGAAAAAAGAUUGAGGGGAUAAUGUAUUUAAAUCUAUGCUAUCUGUGUUCUUUAUUUGUUUGUUCUCCAAAAGACGGUGACAGAGGAGAGAAAGCAAGGGAUUUUUGUCUGGGAAAAAAAAUAAAAAACUUAAAUUGGCCGUCCAUUUCUAAAAGAAAAGUAUGGCGGUGGGAUGAUUUAAAAAGCGUUAAAAGUCUGUGUUUACAGUUUGUCCUUUUUAUCUGUUUGUUGUCCAUUAUGAUCAUCAUUGUUAUUGUUAUUAAUAUUAUUUUCGGGGAGUUUAACUUCUUUGUGUAAACUCUCAUGCAAAUCUUUUGUUUGGUUUUUGACCUGUAAAUAUUGUACAGCUGCUUCAGUCUCUAAAUUCCCAGUUCCAUUUCUGUACAUGAACUUCCUGUAUUUGACAAAAAGGAAAUAAAUCCGUUAAAACGAUGGAAAUGACCAUGAAUAAGCCAA